GAAAAAUGAUGAGUAAGCCACACCUGUGGCGUAAAUUUCCGAUACGAUUAUUCCCAGCCCCAUUCUCCCCCCGCACCCAGAUUCGCCGUUUUGCGGAGAUUGGUACAAAUACGCACAGACCACCUUCCCGAAGCUUCGGGCCUUGGUAUGGUAACAUCGUUGGGGUUGGAAUUCAUUGGGAGGAAGCACAUCCUAGAAGAUUUAGGGAGGAGUAACCCCGUGAAUGGGUUGGGUAGUGAUUAUCUAGUGCACCCCCAGGUGGCCCUGUCUAGCGCCGUCAUUAAAACGGCGGAGCUAAUUAGGUGCAUAUCUAGGGUACAUGUAUGUACCUAAGAAGCUAAAAAGCUAAGCUAAAGAGAUCUAUCCCGGUCCAUUGCAACUUUCGUCAUUGAACCUGAUAAGCUGAGGGGAUUUCUAGACAUUUCCAUGUACUCGCAAAGUUGCCUGAUUCCAAACAAAAGCAUCAAUCCUAUCUUUGUCAGACUUGUUAUUUGUCCAUCACCGAGUAUCGUAUGAAUACUGAACUUAGCUCUUAUUUCUUCUUUAUUUACUAUUAUCAUUAUUUUCGUCUAUUCCCAUGAGCGGCUUACAGCAAAUUUGCUUAGCCUCGCGGCCAUUCGCUUGUUGCCAUUUUUCUUAGAAAUACCCCACGAAUGAACCAUGGCUGAUCCUAGCCCUCUUCAAAAUCUUCCAGAUGAGAUCUUCCUACACAUCCUAUCUUUUUUGGAUACGCGUGACGUUGUCGUCCUUCAAAGUGUCUCGAAAUAUUCCUUAGCGUUAUGUCGAGAUGGCAAUUUUUGGCGAAAUCAAUGCUUGUCUAGCUCCGCCGUUCGCGAACGUAUUAGUCUUCAUCGUUUAGGAUCGGAUUGGGUUGACGAGGAUGGCGCCAUUUGGGGCGGCGCAGCAAAUGGCUUAGGAGCUGGGAAUCAAGUAGACGAUCAAAACGAAUCACACUGGAGUCGACUCGAAAGGUUCCCGCAACUAUCAUCCAAGUGGAGGAAGAGGGAACAGGUUCGAAUAGCUGCUAAUUGGGACCCCACGUUUCCAGGCGAAAACACGAAUUGGUAUAACGAGUAUAUUCAGAGGUACGGUCCGAUUGCUGUCAGCUGGUUCGAGCAGCCCCAAAUUCAACAUGGCUCUCUUAGCGAUCAAAUAGAUGUUAGUGGUGCCGCCUUAUAUAGACCAUCUUCGAGUGGUGAAGAAUUAUUCGCAGUGUCGCCACUUGAUGAUGGCUCAAUUUGCUUGUGGGAUGUGAAGGGUAUUCGAAAUAGGCAGGGCUCAAUUUUGACAAAAUCCGGUCCGGGUCUUUUAUGCGCCGACGGUCCGGGUGCUGACUUUUCGAAACGCUCGAAAAUGACCAAUACGGGGGUGAUCGAAUGCGUGAGUGUUGACAGCCGGAGGCACACAGCUUUCUUCGCUGUCCAGAGUCACCUCAUUGAAGUUGAUCUCGAGACACUGCAAGUUAUUGGAAAUCAUCCCUUCGAAUGGUCGAUUACUACACUUUCUGCGGCUGAUCACACGGUCCCUUUGACGGUCGGCACACUCCACGGGUUGCAUUUGCAUGAUUUUAGAAUCGGAUCAACUCGUCGAAAGGAAUAUCAAUUGCGAUUAGAUAAUUUGAGUAGGAAAGGAGGUCGGGACUUCUCCCAUAUCCUAGAUCCGACACCUCUUGCUCCUUACGCUUCUCUCGCUCAAUCGGGGCCGCAGAGUAUUCUCCAUCUCGAAAGUCCUGGGAAUAGCAGUCAAUUAUCCGACGAUAUCUUCGUGGCAGGUCGAUUUUCGAACAUAUUACACUACGAUCGGCGGAUGUUUCCGGCAAUUAGAGGAUCCAUUCACUCGGGCGCAAAGCUUUGUAGCUUGACGUCGCUUCCUUACCCUUUCUCUAGCAUUGACAGCGAUCUGCGCCGACGCUUUCAACUGUCAGAAGAACAGGUUGAGAAAGCUAAGAACGUAGCUGGUGGUAGAACAUUAAUAGCAUGUGGCGAAUACAAUACCAAAGGAUCACUGGAGUUGUAUGGCCUGUCUUCUAGUAUAGACAACGAACCGCCGUCACGCGUUGUUCGGAAUUCUACCAUGAAAAAUCGACAGACCGCUUCGCAGUCAAAGCUCCUAUCUGUGAUUAAUCAUGGUACCCGAUUGGUUUUCUCCGAUGGACAAGGCUGCCUAAAGUGGAUGGAGAGGGACGGUUUCACGGAGGUCCGCCAACAUAGGAUCGGUAAGUCCGAACGAGUAGUCCACCGGUCACUUUUCGGAUCGAUGCCCGGGUCAGAUGACAUAGCGAGGAAAAUACUCUCUACACGGGCACCGGGACAAAAUGGGAAUGUUCAAGUCAACGAUGACGAUAUCCUGUUUUGGACCGGAGAGAAGCUGGGAUUAUUAAGCUUUUCAUCCAAACCUGGGUUCUGCCAGGAAGAUUUCGAAGAGAGCACUAAGACGGCGGACGAGAUGGCGGCAGAAGAAGAACAGCAGAUGUACGGCGAAAGAAUGAGGCUGGCCUUGGAACGACAGGCGAGGGAUGUUCGAUUCGUACAGAACCUUGGGGCUGGAAAUCUCCACGGCGGAAUCUAAAAAUUCCUUGGUACGGUAACUGAUUUGUUCCACUUUGACCACGUCCCUUCAGUACCCGUUCAACCGUUGCUCGAGCAAGGGGGAUUUAACCACGUCACGCAGACUGGCAGGUUUUUUUAUGGUCUUUGAUUGCCGUACUCCCUUAUUCGGCCUCAGCUAUACACUGGGAAGAUUGAGUCAUGAUCUCACUACCCGUGUUAGAUGGGAAGGGAUCGGCAGUCUCGGAAGAUUAGACAGAAAUGAAACAGUGGAAGUUGAGGCGGGAUGUGUUAUCUUAUCAUGGGUAUUUUCGAGAAUCAUUGGUUGAGUCCAGAGGCAAAAAAGACAUAACAAUGUCCUUGCACAACCUUAUGCCGAGGUGUGGGCCUAUAAUGCUGGAUUUGGGGAUUCAUGGGUGUCAGCAGGUAAGAUAAGGCGGGGCGAGGGGUGUUCCUAGAUAUUUUAACUUUACAUAGUAGACGAUACACAUAUGAAGCGAGUUCAUAUUUUUGUGACUUUUGCUUUCGAUUUUCUUAUUCGAUGAUAAUUACUUUUUCAUUUGAUUUUUUGGUUUCAAGUUUAUUAUUAUUCUC